CCGAGAGAAGCACUUCUUCAGAAACUCGGAACACUAGGGACCAAGUUGGCAGGAGUUGACGAGAAUCGCACCGAGAAAAGUUUUAAAGUGCCACAAUGGAUCCUGGGAGUCGAGGCCAGCUAGGCUGCAAUCUACGCAUGAGUUGCUCUUUGCUAAUUCUAGGAGCAUUUUGCAUCACACCAAACAUUUGUCUGAGUCAGAUUGAUCCACUGGCCCUGAGUCGAGCUGACCCUCAGUGCUGGGAAUCAUCUUCUGCCAUUCUUCUUGAAAUGAGAAAGCCUCGUAUUUCGGACACUGUGACUGGUUUUUGGGACUUCAUGAUCUACUUGAAAUCCUCAGACAAUCUGAAACACGGAGCUCUGUUCUGGGACCUAGCUCAACUCUUCUGGGAUAUCUACGUAGACUGCGUGUUGUCUCGAACUCAUGGUCUUGGCAGGAGACAUCUGGGAAAUCGUCAACAGGAAAUUACUGCCCUUCACUCACAAAUUACAGGAACAGAGUCCUUCAUUCAAGGCCAAAGAAUGAAUCUUCGGAAGGAAAAAUCACUUAUCCAUGACUUAAUUGGAAUCCAUAUUUUGAAAAGUGGAGUCAAAAUGCUGGGUGGAGUAACAAAAAUGGUUGGGGUUAAACAAAAUUCUAUGUAAUUAUUUUUAUAAACUCAUUGACUGUAUUUUCUCAUUUUUAUCUGAGAUCACUUGUGUUUAUGUUCCUUGUUUUUUACUCAGGAGGUCUCUAAUUUUGAGAAUUUUACUUUACCCUUGGUCUGGACCUAUUCAUUAAACUUUAUUUUAUUAUGUUUGAGAUGGAGUGCUAACAUGCUUUUUAAUUAAAUUUUUGAGGGCAUUUUAUUACUUUCACCUCCUAUAUAA